UUCCUUCCACGCGUAUAACUCCAUUACCAUUACCACAGUUUUCCUUCUAAGUUCUAUAUAAUGAAGAAAGAUAGGGAGUACUGCAAACCAAACCAGCAAGAAAAGCAACCUUCAAUGGCUCCAUCUCCAACAUCUCUUUCCUUCUUCUUCUUCUUCUUCUUCUUCUUCUCUCUAAAUUCAGUAACCCAAGCAGCUCAAGGAGGAGAAUGGAAACUCCUGAAGACAAACAUUGGGGUAUCAGCAAUGCACAUGCAACUACUUAACAACGAUCGUGUCAUCAUCUUCGACCGCACCGACUACGGCCCUUCUAAAAUCAACUUACCGGAAGGCAAAUGCCGGGAUGAUCCCAACGAACAAGCCCUCAAACAUGAUUGCACAGCUCACUCUGUUGAGUACGACGUGUACACUAAUUCUAUAAGAGCUCUCACAGUUCAAACCGAUGUUUGGUGCUCAUCUGGUACUGUCUCCCCAAAUGGUCACCUCAUCCAAACCGGUGGAUUCAACGACGGCGAACGCGCCGUGAGAAUUUUUCAGCCUUGUGGUAGUUGUGAUUGGAAUGAGAUUCCUCAAGGUCUCUAUGCACGACGGUGGUACGCCACUAAUCAGUUAUUACCGGACGGAAGGGCCAUCGUGAUCGGUGGUCGUCAGCAAUUCAAUUAUGAGUUCUACCCAAAAUCUUCAUCCACUAACAGGCUAUUCCCAAUGCCUUUUCUAGCCGAGACGAACGAUCGAGGCCAAGAAAACAAUCUAUACCCUUUUGUUCAUCUCAAUGUUGAUGGGAACUUAUUCGUUUUUGCAAACAAUCGAGCAAUCUUGUUUGAUUACACCAGAGAUAGAAUUGUGAGAACUUUUCCAACGAUGCCCGGCGGCUAUCCUCGGAGCUAUCCUAGCUCUGGUUCAUCAGUUCUACUACCAUUGAAGAACAAGAAAGAAGAAGAAGCUGAGGUUCUCAUUUGUGGUGGAGCUCCAAGAGGUUCAUACCUUGAAGCUAAUGGAGGUAACUUCAUGGGAGCCUUAGAUACAUGUGGAAGGAUCCGAAUUACUGACCCGAAUCCGGAUUGGUUCAUGGAGACAAUGCCUCACCCAAGAGUUAUGGGAGACAUGACCUUACUCCCAGACGGCAAUGUCUUGAUCAUCAAUGGUGCUGGAAGGGGAACUGCCGGGUGGGAACUUGGCCGAGACCCGGUCUUUGAACCGGUGAUUUACCGACCCGAUGCUCCACCUGGGUCUCGUUUUGAGGUGCAAAACCCUUCUAAUAUUCCACGUUUGUACCAUUCCACUGCAAUCUUACUCCGUGAUGGGAGAGUUCUAGUGGGAGGAAACAAUCCCCAUAUACGCUAUCAAUUCAACGGCGUUUUAUUUCCGACGGAUUUGACCUUAGAGUCAUUCUCACCGGAAUAUAUGUUCUCCAAUAUACGGCCAAGGAUCAUUGCUCCGGCAUCACAAACACAGAUAGGAUACGGACAAAAGCUGGUAGUACGGUUCUCGGUACCGCCGGGUACAGCGGUGAGGAGGGAGGCGGUGUCAGUGACUAUGGUGGCUCCACCGUUUACGACACACGCGUAUUCCAUGAAUCAAAGGCUGUUGGUAAUGGGUGGUGGGAAUGUGGCGGAGUUGACAAAUUCUGUGUAUGAAGUGGCUGUGACGGCUCCAACUACGGCCGUCCUGGCACCUCCUGGAUAUUAUCUUGUUUUCGUGGUUCAUCAAUAUAUACCAAGCGAGGGUAUUUGGGUUCGCAUCCAGUGAUCAAGAGCCUCCACACGAGUCUACAACAAGAAGAAGGCUUAGAUCCAUGGCACUCAUCGUAACUUGUGUUUCUGGUUUUGUAUGAAUAAUAAUCUUUUGCAAGAUUGUUGUGUGCAAAUCCAAAUGGGUUGGAAUUAAUUCCAUUAAACCCGAAUUGUAAUUAAUUGGAUUUAUAUAUUUAAUUUUUAUUAUGUGUGAUAUAAUAUUAAAUGGUUUAUAAAAUUAUUUUUAGGUUUA